UGAGCCAGCUGAGCAGUCUGAUGCUAAAUGGAGGUCUGGGGAUUGGUGGAGCUCCUGGGCUCAAUCUCAGCCUUAACCUCAACUCCCCGAUGGUAGGCACCAACCAAUCACUCACUUCCCAAUUGCUGGACCAGAUCAAAAUCAUGCUGCGCUCUAGUGGUUGCUCAGAACACGUUACCGCUGAGAUCUCCACGGCCAUGGCCACUCUCGCCAAAUAUGGUAUACUGGGCAUGGGCCUGGGCCUAGGAGCUGGAGGUCUGGGAACUGGCAGUUAUUUAGGAGUCAGCCCCAUGGAUGCAACCCCUGCCCAAGCCAAUGGGGGCACCGGAGUGUUUGGCCCAAUUGGCACCUCAACCCCUACUCGGCCAUCUUUAGAUUUGGCAUUCGACCCGUUCCGACAUCCAACCCCUGCCUCACCUCCUGGUGCCUCAGCACUGAACAACAACUCCUUCGGCCUUGGGGCAGUAAAGUCCGAAGUAGACAACAAAGAAGCCAAGAAGCUGGACAUGGAGAUUGCUGAGGUGAUAGUCGGGGCAAUCCUGGGGCCCGGGGGAAGAUCUCUUGUGGAAAUACAGGCACUGAGCGGUGCGAGUAUCCAGAUUUCCAAGAAAGGCACGUUUGCGCCAGGCACCAGGAACAGAGUCGUGUCUAUAACCGGGUCACCAGGUGCGAUUGCCGCUGCGCAGAUUCUCAUUGAGCAGCGGAUUAAUGAAGAGGAGGUGAAACGCAACCGGCAGAACCCGCUGGGGUUGCUGCAGUAGUUUUCUAGUCACCAUAUUACACAAAAUGUCUCAUUCGUUAAGUUUUCAACACAUUUGAAAGUAUUCAUUUAACUCUGUUAAUUAAUAAUAGUAGGCUCAAAUAUUGCAAGUAUUUGACUGGGAAGUUAUGCAAUUUGAAAUUUUAUCAGAAACAUUGUAAACUACGGUAUUAAGGUGUACUGAUCUCACCCAUCACAUCACGUUAAGAGUUGUGUAAGAUUUGUUAAAGGGUGUAGUUUUGUUAUUGAUACGGAUCAGUUAUAACGACUGAGCGUUUGUCAAGUUAUGUUAUUCAUAUCAUUAUAAUAGUGAACUUUGUAGUUUGUCACUAUUUUAUCAUGUUUUAUUAAACUGAUGUUACCAUCUGCAUAAUUAUGUUAUUCCACAAGUUGAUAGUUUAUUGAUAGUGUUAUGUAUUUUCAUAUUAUUUUAUAUUAUGAAAUUCUAAUGUUAUUUUGCAUUGUUAACUUAUGUCCACCUUAAUCAAGUGGCAAAAGAUAUUAUAAUAUCUUGCUUAGUCCUUAACAGAUGUUUUAAAAUUUUAAGACUCGGUUGUUAUUGUUUUAUCUGUAGGUUUGUCAGCAUGUAUUAGCAUUAUUGUCAUUUUUGUAUUUAAAGACAUUUAAUCUCACAACCGACUUUAGAUCAUUUGACAUUAGAUGCUUCUGUAGGAAUAUGUGAAUAUAGUUAAAGCCAAGCAUUACCUUGUAUAUAAUUUGGUAUCCUUAAGUUUUUUCAGUUACUCUUGUCAGUUCAAUCUUACUUAAACUUUAUUGCAAGACUUAAAUUUAAUUGACUUUUUCAACUUUAUAAAUUAUUUGUGUUUCUUGUUUACAGAAAAUACAUAACAGAGCGAUCUA